UCACACACACACAAAAUGAGAAGAAAGCUGGAUCUCUUACCUCAGCCGCCGCCGCCGCCAGUGUCAGCGGCGAUUGGAGGUGGAAUUGGAGAGACUAAUGGUGUUGGUAGUUCUUCUAUGACGUCGUCGCCGACGAAAGGGAAUCUGAACCCUAGCCUUCUCAUCAUCUCUCUCAUACUCAUGGCAGUGUUUUUUUUCUCCGUCUUACUCCACCUCCUCCUCCGCUACCUCAGCCGUUCUUCCUCCACCACCACCACCGUAUCAUCCGGCGAUCACAACGUGGCCUCUGCAGAUCACUCGCAUCACGCUCCCCGCAUCUCCAGCCGCCGCGUGUCUCCUGAAUAUCAAUCCUUGAUUGAUUCACUCCCACUUUUCUCUUUCGAUUCAGUCACUGGUCUGAAAAGCUCAUCUACUGUUGAUUGUGCUGUUUGUUUAUCCAAACUCGAACCUCACGAUAAGCUCCGUUUGCUUCCACUCUGCUGUCACGCCUUCCACGCUCAGUGCAUCGACACGUGGCUUGCUUCUAGCCACACUUGUCCUCUCUGCCGAUCAACAAUCUGCGUGAACGAAUCCGAGGAACUGGCAAAGCUCUCGUCUCUGUCUGCUUCCGGCGGAGAUAGUUUCCGAUUAGAGAUUGGAAGUAUCAGUCGCCGGAAUAGUGCCGCCGCAGAUUCUGGUAGUGUACCUAACUCUCGUAGGUCUUAUUCUAUUGGAUCAUUUGAGUACGUGGUGGAAGACGAUUCUGAAGUGAUGGUGGCGGGGUCCAUUCACAGGCAAGGAGGUUCUGACAAUAAUCUUGGGCGGAAGGAUAUAAACGGUGUGGCUUCUCCGGCUGCGGUGAAUGUGGCUGGGCCGGAGCCUCCAGGAGAUCAUGUAGCGGCGGAGGUUGCUAGUGGUGGGAGGUCGUGGUUGAAGGAUUAUGUGGAUAGGUUGGCUUCAUCGGCUUCGACGUCGUUUUCAUCUCGGACUCAAUCGUUUCGAUAUUCAGGUAGGAUUUUCACCGGCAGUAGUCGCCGGAGCGAUUUGUAUACAGGGAGUGGUCGUCGGAGCGGUGAUAAUGCCGUUGCCGGUUUUGGGGAAGUCGGGAGUUGGGAUUUGGAGGGAAAUUGGGUGAGCGAAGAAAUGGGGGGCUUCUUUCGGUGGCUGUCAGGGGUAUGACUGGUAAUUUCAGAUCAUAGUUGGGGCAAUUUUGUUGUGAACGAAAUAACAAGAAAUAGCCUCAAAGGUACUGUACAAAAUUUGGGAAUUUUUUUGUUGGGUUUAACUUCUU